AUGGUGGACUGCGGAGCGGAGGGGGAAGAGGUGAGAGAGUCAGCUCCGGGUUCAGAUGAUAAAGUGGAGUCUUUAUCAGUGAUGGAGGGAGAUUUUGUCACUCUAAACUCUGAAGAUACUGAAAUGCAUGGUGACAACACCAUACUGUGGAAAUUUGGACCUGAAAAGUCUCUGAUAGCUAAAAUCAAUAGAGAGACUAAAAUUUUCUCCACAUAUAAUGAUGUUCUUGAUGGGAGAUUCAGAGACAGACUGAAGCUGAACAAUCAAACUGGAUCUCUGACCAUCACAGACAUCACAACUGUACACGCUGGACUUUAUGAAUUAGAGAUAAUUGGUGAAAAAUGGUCAUCAAAAGCCUUCAGUGUUUCUGUCUAUGCUCACCUGCCAUUUCCUAACAUUAUGCAAAAUCGUUCAUCAUCAUCGUCAAAUUGUUCAUUGUUGUGUUCAGUGGUAAAUGUGAGUGAUGUGACUCUCUCCUGGUACAAAGGAAACAGUUUAUUGUCCAGCAUCAGUGUGUCUGAUCUCAGCAUCAGUCUCUCUCUACCUCUGGAGGUGGAAUAUCAGGAUAAAAACACCUACAGCUGUGUGAUCAACAAUCCCAUCAGCAACCAGACCACACAUCUGGACAUCAGUGAACUCUGUCAGCAAUAUGCAGAUGUCCACUGCUGUGUUUCUACUGAAGCUGUGAUCCGAUUGGUGAUCUCUGCUCUAGUGGGUGUGGCUAUUGUCAUUGUUCUGGUUUACGACAUCAGAUCCAGAGGAUCUGAACAAGAUUAAGCAUAUAUUCCCACAUCUAAAACAUAAAUGUUGUUAUAAUUGACCACAUAACUUUUUUAUUAUUAUUUAUUAGUC